CGAGGUGUCAGCUCCUCCCGCCGCGCAUUCCCAGGUCCUCCCCUCCACCAGGCGUUUGUCGCAAUCAAUUUCAUCCGAUCUAGGAAACACUUCAAACGACUUCAGUCAUUCUCCACGCGAACGGGACACAUCCAUCUAUCUACACCCGAUAGUCCAUCGAUCGCCAUGGCUACCGCCGACAGGCUCGAGAGGCGGCAGUCCUUCGACGUUGUGGCCGAACAAGUAAAACGAAAGUUCGACAUGUCCCACUUCGACCUCAAUGCCAUUAUCAGAGGUGCCCAGCUGACGCUUGUUGGUGCCCAACGGGCGCUGCAGAAUCCCGGCAUCUUCACCUCACGACACUACAAACAGGCCGCCAUUGCUGUAGCUGCUGGCAUUCUCAUCCGCUUGCUCAUAUCCAUACCUAUCAUCGGCAUCCGGGUCCUACUCUGGUUCCUGUCCUUUGGCAUCGAUCUACGCAAUGCUACCUGGGACGACAAGUUGGUGGGCGGGUUGGGCUUCGUUGAGGAACAUGUUCUCCAAGCCCCCCUGUUUUUCAUGAGUUUGAUGCGAUAUGUCACUCCCACGUUGGAUGAUCUAUUCAUGGACUCAAUCCGAUGGGUAGAUACAACUUAUGUCAACAAGCAUAAGCAUGACGAGGACCCUAGCAAGCUUCGACCCAUGUACUACCCGAACCUGCGCCAGUACUCGGUCAGAGACGGCACCACGAACUCGACGAGCACCGCUGAGAAUAUCUCCAUGUUUAUCUACCGGUUCGCCAGGAAAGGCGCCAUUUCGCUCGCCGUCUUUGCGGCCUCAUAUCUGCCUUAUAUUGGCCGUUUCGUCCUUCCGGCAGCCAGUUUUUGGACUUUCAACAGGGCAGUAGGUCUUGGCCCUGCCUCCGUCAUCUUCGGCACCGGCAUCCUCCUGCCCAGGAGAUACCUCGUUAUCUUCCUGCAGAGCUACUUUUCCUCAAGGAGUCUUGUGAGGGAGCUGUUGGAGCCGUAUUUUGCCAGAAUCCGGUUCACUAGUGAGCAAAAGAGAAAGUGGUUCCGGAGCCGUGAAGGUCUCCUGUUUGGGUUCGGUAUUGGAUUCUACAUCCUCCUCCGUGUUCCUCUCCUUGGGGUCUUGAUUUAUGGCAUUGCUGAAGCUAGUGCCGCCUAUCUGAUUACCAAGGUAUCCGACCCGCCUCCGCCGCCAUCUGAGUCGAGCGGGUUCGCCGAGAGCCAGCUCGAAUGGAGGAACAAGCAAAAGUUCCUCAACUUGUCAUUGGCAAACAUGGACAGCAUCCAUGACAAACCGCCUCCGUAUUCGAUCCAUGACCCGAACCCCAAGACGGAACUCUGAUUUGUAUCUUGGCGCCUUUGCCAGGACUCACACCUAACACCACCGGCGUAAGUUGGCAUAUGAAACUACAAAAGCGACUUCCAAUCCUAUACAUCACAGCCUGCCGAAGCAUAACUUGAAUUGUACCAUUACAUAGAUUUUUGU